AUGCUCUUAGUUCCUCUGUCAUCUGAACCUUUUUCCAUCUCUGCUUUUAGCCUCCUUCCCCCCACGAAGGCGCGCUCCGGUUCAGAUGUAUGGAGGAGGGAUGGAGGAGCGCACGGAUCCAGCCCAGCGGAAGUUCACAGGCGCCUCCAUCUCCACAUCUUCCUGCACAAGUUCACUCAAACCGGGGGAAACACGCGGGGAAUACGCUCACCUCCUCCGCACGACUGGAGCAGCCAAACGCGAGACAGCUGCACCAUGUUGGGCCCCAUGCUUGUCCUGUCCCUGUUCUGCGCUGUGGCCCCGGGGCCUCCUCCUUCAGGUGUGUGUCGGCGCUGCUGUGACCACCUGGAGCCACCAGAGGGCACCAGAGAGCGCCCCGGCAGGUUAGGCCACGUGCCAGAAGUGCGCACCUUCAUCAACAUGACCAUCCUCAAAGGUGACAAAGGCGAUCGAGGUGACAGAGGCACAGCAGGUAAAGUGGGGAUGGACGGCCCUCCUGGAUCCAGAGGCCCCACAGGCUCCAAAGGCUCCAAGGGUCAGGCCGGUGCUCCGGGGGAUCCCUGCAAAGCCCAGCACUCUGCGUUCUCGGUGGGCCGCCGCAAGUCCCUGCACAGUCUGGAGACCUACCAGGCGCUGAUCUUUGACACCGUCUUUGUGAACAUGGACGAACACUUUAACAUGUUUGACGGAAAGUUCACCUGCCAAAUCCCGGGCAUUUACUUCUUUAACGUCAACAUUCACACGUGGAACUUCAAGGAGACUUACCUGCACAUCAUGUUGAACGACGGCGAGAAGGCCAUCGUCUACGCCCAGCCCAGCGACCGCUCCAUCAUGCAGAGUCAGAGCAUCAUGUUGGAGCUGAAGGCCAAGGACGAGGUCUGGGUCCGACUGUACAAGAGAGAGAGAGAGAACGCCAUCUACAGCGACGACGUGGACGUUUACAUAACCUUCAAUGGAUACCUCCUUAGAGCUAUCAAUUAG